UAGCAAUGGCAUCGACACAAUCUUCAAGCUUUCGUGCUGCUCCUAUUCAAAGUGUUCAGGAGCUCAUCAAAGAGCCCAUCCCUGCAGUCCCACAGCCAUUUAUCCUGGAUGAUCCGCAGCCUCCAAUUCUCUCAGCCAGCACUCCCCUGCCACUACUCCCCACCAUUGACAUGAAACAUUUAAUUAUGAGUGAAACCUCAGGUUCUGAGCUGGAGAAGUUGCACUCAACUUGCAAAGAAUGGGGUUUCUUUCAGUUGGUGAACCAUGGAGUCAGCUCUUCACUUGUGGAGAAACUGAAAUCGGAGAUCGGAGAAUUUUACAAACUUCCCUUGGAAGAGAGAAUGAAGUACAAGAUGAGGCCCGGUGAUGUUGAAGGGUACGGGCAUCUUCCAAUCCGGUCAGAAGAUCAAAAACUUGACUGGGGUGAUAGGUUUUAUAUGAUAACCAACCCUAUACAUACAAGGAAGCCGUAUCUAUUACCAGAACUCCGUUCAUCACUAAGGGAUAGCUUGGAAUGUUACUUAGCGGAGCUGCAGAAACUAGCGAUGAUGCUUCUAGGGUUUAUGGCCAAAGCUCUAAAGUUGGAGAAAGGAGAGAUGGAAGAGUUGUUUGAGGAUGGGAUGCAAUCAGUGAGGAUGACUUACUAUCCUCCAUGCCCACAACCACAGCUCGUUAUGGGGCUUACGCCUCACUCUGAUGCAACCGGCAUCACCAUCCUUCUCCAAAUUAAUGGAGUGGAUGGUCUCCAAAUUAAAAAGGAUGGGGUUUGGAUUCCUGUGAGCUUCCUUCUAGAUGCUCUUGUUGUGAAUGUAGGAGACGUUCUCGAGAUUCUGAGCAACGGGGUAUACACCAGCAUAGAGCACCGGGCAACAGUAAAUGCAGCAAAAGAGAGGAUCUCCAUUGCCAUGUUCUUCAAUCCCAAAUUCUCAGCUCAGAUUAAACCUGUACCCAGCCUGAUAAAUCCUCAAAAUCCGCCACUGUUCAAACAAGUAGGCAUGGAAAAAUACUGCAAAGAUUUCUUCUCCCGUAGGCUGGAUGGAAAAUCGUAUCUAGAGCAUAUGAAGAUCAAAAAUGAGGAAGAAUACAGUACCUGAAGUCAGUCUGAUAAAUCCUCACAAUCCGUCAUUGUUCAAACAAGUAAGCAUGGAAAAAUACGUCAAGGAUUUCGUCUCCCGUAAGCUGGAUGGAAAAUGGUACAUAGAGCAUUUGAAGAUCAAAAAUGAGGAAGAAUACCGUACCUGAAGCCUGGCUACAUGUAUAUGGUUAUGUUUAAUUAUGGUAUGCUAUGGUUUGGCAGUUGCAUGGAUCCUAGAAAGAUUAUAGCUUUGAGAUGGGUAGUAUUGUUACUAUCUUAUUACGUACACUUGCCAAAUAAUUUCUG